GCCGCGCGCGGGGCAUUGUGGGAGCGAGGCCGCGCCGAGCCCUCCGCCGCCGCCGCCGCUCCUGCCGCCGCCAGCGCCGCCGCAGCUCCGGCCUCGGCUUCGUCUGCCGCCGUCCCGCUGACCGCGCACAGCAGGGCUUAGAGCCGGGGCUUCCCCCACCCCGCUCCCGCCGCCGCCGCCACUACCAGCAGCAGCAGCAGCAGCGCCAGCCGGAGUCGCCGCCAUUCGCCAUGCAGCCUGCCUCUGCCAAGUGGUACGACCGCAGGGACUACGUCUUCGUGGAGUUCUGCGUGGAGGACAGCAAAGAUGUCAAUGUAAACUUUGAAAAGUCCAAACUCACCUUCAGCUGUCUGGGAGGAAGCGACAACUUCAAACACUUAAACGAAAUUGACCUCUUCAAUAACAUCGAUCCCAACGAGUCCAAGCACAAAAGAACAGACAGAUCCAUCCUCUGCUGCCUACGGAAAGGGGAGUCAGGGCAGGCCUGGCCUCGGCUAACGAAAGAGAGGGCGAAGCUCAACUGGCUCAGUGUGGACUUCAACAACUGGAAGGACUGGGAGGAUGACUCAGAUGAGGACAUGUCCAACUUCGACCGCUUCUCUGAGAUGAUGAACAACAUGGGUGGGGACGACGACGUAGACUUGCCAGAAGUAGAUGGGGCAGAUGAUGACUCACCAGACAGUGAUGAUGAGAAAAUGCCAGAUCUGGAGUAAAACAAAACUGUCGUCUUCAGGGUUUGGGGAAAGAGCUUCAUCACAACAUUUCAUAAUUGAGAUAAGAAUUUCCUGAGUUGAUAGCCCUAAAGGGAGAGAUCCUGCAUCCUUUUAACCCAUUUCCAGUCCAUUUUAAAUGGCUUCACUGAUGGUAGGUGUGUUCCCGUUGCACGGGGCGGUCUCAAGAGGCAAUAACGUUCUGCAUGAACCAGACUUCCAAACCCCUCCGCGGGGUGCAGGGCUGAGCGAUCCCCAGCAGUCGCAAUAAAGUUUACAGAGCCUCCUCCUCCUUCCCCUCCUCCCCUUCCACCUCCUCCUCCUCCUCCUCCUCUUCCUCCUCCUCCUCCUCCUCCCCCUCCUACUUCUCCUCCCUCUCCUCCCUGCCUCGCAGCAGCUCUCAUUACAAAAGGGAGAACCCUCAAUUCACACCAAAAUGGUAAAUCAGCUUGGGUUUUUUUUUUUUAUUAUUAUUAUUAUUAUUUUUCUUUUCUUUGUUGUUGGUUUUUUUUUCCCCCUCUCCCCUCCCCCUUUCUCUGGCCUGAGAGAGUUGUCAGUCUGUAGCGGGAACAAACGCGGCUGAAGCGCGGCUGUUGGCGUUGGCUCAGCGAGCGGAGCGGGCGCUGCCUCCAACCAACCCCUGUGGUGUUUUCAGGGCUGUUCCACUAAAGUUUGUAUUGAAAAGGCAAACAAAACUCUGCUGGUGUGUUGGUGUUCGUUGUGCCCCCCACCACCCCGUGCCUCCUCCCGCCGCAGGCUCUCCGUCUCCCCUCCCCGCGGGGCGUGGGCGGUUGGAUGCUGUUCGGAUCCGUUCGGACCAAAUCGUUGCGCUGUGGGUGUGGAAGGCAGGGAACAGACCUUGGGUGGCUUCGGAGCGGGCUGAAAAACCUCAGUUUGUGUUCAGAGCAGCGGGGAUUUUUUUAAUGUCUGCAUUCUUUCUAAUAAACUGUUGAAGACUUC